GGAAACUCAAUGUUUCUCCUCGAGCAAAAUUCUUCAUUUGGACCUUGUUACAUGGCAAAGUGAGACUUCUGAUUAUUUAUAUGCCAUCAAUGUUUGUCCAAUCAUGCCUUGUGGUUUUUGUGGCUUGGUUAAUGAAUCUGUGGUUCAUAUCUUUCGUCAGUGUAUUUGAUCACAAGGGAUUUGAAAUUCAGUGUCCGACAUGAUUGGACAACCCAUUAAUCUUUAGGAUCAUAUUGUUGUUGGGGCUUGGUUAGAUCCAAAUAGGGCUGAUUUCUCUAUGUUCAAAGCUUCUAUCAUUGUAGCCACUGGUUCAUUUGGAAAAGGUCGAUGUGAUCACAUUUUCAAGAAUAGAAGACCUAAUUUUGGCUGGAUUGCGUGGAAAGCUGUGGAUCAUGUUCAUGAAUUUCGGCGAAUGCCAACAAAUAAUAUGGGAUGCUGGCAGAUUCCUUUCUUCUCGAGCCCGAAUGCUGAAAUAAAGGCUCUCAUUAUUGCUAUUCACAAUCUUCGAACGGAGAAUAUCAACAUUGCCAGAAUUUUCAUCAGCUCUCAACCUCUCAUGAGUAUUUUAAAUAAUUGUCAAUGUUUGGGGCUGUGGUUUUCGCAAACUUCUGUGGCUAAUCUCUAUCAUUUGCUGUCCGAAAUUGGUAAUCCUCGCAUUGAUAUGAUCCCUUGGAAUUGGAACAAGUUAGCAUAUGCUUCAACCUGGAAGGGAUUCAGCUCCCCGGACCUGUCUCUUUUUCACAAAAGCCUUGAUCUUCCCCGUUGGCUUAUGAAGGCCAUUAACAAUGCUAGUUUUGUUUGUUAAUUUCAUUGUAAUUUUGGUUGUUUUUGUCUCUUUCCUUUUCUUCUUUGUUUGUGUUCUUUGGUUUGUUUUUCUUCAUCCUUUGAUGUGCUCUUCUCUACUUAGUUUUC